AUGGCGCCGUCGGUGCGUGCAGGAGGGCGCGGAGGGGAGUGUGAAGCCUGCAAGCAGCCCUGUGGCAAGGUAUGGUCGUUUGUUUUAAUUUCCUGGCCUGUGGUUGUUUUCAUAAUCUUGGCCAUUAUCCGUCUCAAAUUCCCUCCAGAACCACAGCAAAACUGUUAUCUUGCACCCCGAAACCUUCCCAGCGCAGGCUUCUUCCCGUUCCUGCAGACGGUGCUGUGUGACUCUGAUGCCAGGUGUAAGGGCACACCAUACACACCAGAAGAUCUGCUGCCAAGACUUAAUGACAUCUCAUCCCUCAGACUCAAGCGCAGGAGCUCAUCCAGCGUAGCCAAGGACAGGCAGCCAUCACCAUGGAGUGCAGAGGUUCCUGAAAGCAGGAAUGCUUCACUGGCAUUUGGGGAUUUGGUAUCUUAUGGAGAGAAAAACCCUCAGAAUAUUUCAUCACCAUCCAACUUGACUUCCAGAACCCACAUGUUCAACAACAUCCUCAGUUUUGGGAAGAACCAGCCCCAGCACUCCACUGCAGGGACCCUCAGGGCCCUGCUGUGCCAGGUCCUGUCACGGUACCUGGCACAUCCCGGUGCCACGGGAGGGAGCAUGGCAGCCAACAUCCACCACACCUUCUGCUCCACCAACUCAUCACUUCUGGAGUCCUUUGCCCAGGAGUUCAGGACCCAGCUCUCCCAGGUGGAGCUCAACCCACAGUACCAGGAGACCUUUGUCAAGGAAAUUGUCUCAUUUCUGACACUCAUCUCCCAAGUGCAGAAUGACACCUCCCUGUGGCACCUGCUCUUACUGGCCCCACAUGUGUUUCAGGACAACAUGCAUCUGCGAGACAUAAAUGUUUUCCUUCAGAAUCCAAGCAGUGUUGUGCUGGCAGCUCAGAAUGUCUCUGCAUCUCUUGUGAGUGAUGAUAGAUUUGAAACUGUUCAGAAUGAGGUUACAGAUUCUCCACAUUCCCUGAACUGCUUGGAGCAAGAUAAAGCAAGAAGUUGGGUGACCAGAUUUAUUUGUAAUUCCUUUGUUCACUGGAAAGACAAUCACACUUUAGUAUCUGAAUUGGAAGAAGUUCUGAGAAAAAUAAAGUCACCAGAGAUUGGUGGAAAGCACUCCAAGAGGUCCAUUAAUUCAGAUGAUUUAGAAGCCAUACAAAAGCAUCUACAUCGUUUAAAAGGCUUUGAGGAAAAAAUGAAUAGAAGUGAAUUAAAAAGCUUAAAUCUAUUCAGAAAUUUGAAGAAUGAAACAUUACAGAAAUUGUAUGCAUUUCUUGAACUGGGAAUGAAUCCACAUCAUGAUAAUAAAUUAAAGGAACCAUAUAAUAAGGAAAUAAUUGAUGAAAUCUAUAACUUCACAUCACCGCAAUUACAGAGCGACUUUAUUGGGACUUCCAUUCUCAAUACAAUGACCCAGUGGCAAGAAAUUCAGAGGGCUUUAAAAUUAGCCGCAAUGCUUUGGAAUCCAGCUCUCCUAAAUGAUUCUAAUUUUAGUACAUUGCAAACUAAGGAUGCUCUCAAAACGUUGCUCUCCACAAGCAUUCCAUCACUUCUGGAAGGUCUCAGAGACCUUUUGAACGGAAUGCAAGAAAUCCCAUCUGAGUUUUCUGAUGAUCUGCUUGAGCCUGAGUCCUACAGAAACUUCCCAGAGCAGCUCCUAGCUCUCCAGAGGAUGUUUCUUAGAAAGACAGGCACAAAUGUAGGUUAUCAGUACCUCCUGCUGCCUGUGUUUGAGCUGAUGAGGGGCGUAGAGAAGUCCAUGGGUGAGGCCUGGUGGGAUGAGUUGAACAUCUACUGGCGCCUUGGGGAGAAGCUGAGAUCCAUGAAGUGGAAUAACACAGCCAUUGUAGCCUAUGGGCAGUUCUUGGAGGUGUUAGAAAGCCAUUUGCAAAAGCUGAAUAAUAAAUCAAGUGGUGUCUUCAGUGAAGAAUUGGAUCAGCUGUCAGAAUUGAUAACAGCCGUGUUUAAAGAGUUUGGGGAAAGCCCUGGAGUAGCCAAUAUCUCACAAGUCACUCAAGCCAUCCAAAAGACAUUGAACAUAUUAAAAGACUUACAGCUGAAUUAUAAUGUCAGCACAUUAAAAUCUAUAGAUCUUUUCUUUAAUUUUAACAAUAAAACCUUGGAGAGCUUGUCUGAACUUGUGAGAACAGGAAUGAAAAUCCUUCAUCAUACAAGUGUCAGUGAAGAUUCCAGUGAAGACAUAAUUAACCCUAUCUAUAAUUUAACACAUCUUCUACUGCAGGAGUUCAGCCAGUCUCCCUCACAGCACAAUACCUCACUACAGGCAAAAAUCUGUGAGUUCCUUCAUGUAGCCUUGGGUCCUUUCCUUGAGAACAGCAGCAAUGGCUACAGGACACUCCAGAAUUGCUCCUUUGAAGAUCUGCUCAAUGUAGCUCUUGAGGUGCUGUUUGAAAAUGCCACUCUAAGGGAGGCCUCAGCCAGGAGCCCCUGCAAGCCCCUCUUGGAUUCCUUGGGCAUGGAAGGUGGGACAGGGAGCAAUGCCACCUUCACCAGGGUGUUCCAGCUGGCCAUGAGCAACCUGAAAGUGUCCUCAGAGUUUGCUGCUGCCUACAACAACAGCAGGCAGCGAUUUUUCAAGGAGCUGUCUUGCCUCACCCGAGCUCUGAAUUUCUCUCUGAGUUUCCUUUCCAAGUUAAACCUUGUCUCUGAGCUGGGCAACUCGUGGCUCCAGGAGAAGGUGAGAGCUCUGAGUGCAGCCACGGAGGGGCUGGUGCAGGGUGAUGCCUCGUGCCCCAUGCCAGCCCAGGAUGUGGGUGAUGUGUCCCCAUCCCAGCUUUUGAACCUGCUCCUUCCUGCCCUGCUGAAUGAAACAGUGCUGAGCUCCCUGAAUUCCUCUGACAGCUCAGCAGGCUGGGAUGAUUUGCCUGUGUUUUUCCUCCUGUCACCACCUGCUUCCAUGAGGAACACCAGUCUCUAUGAGCUGCUGCAGGUGGGCAGAGCUGCUUCCAGCCAGCCCGAGUGGGGACACUUCUCCCGGCUGUGGCGUGCCACUGGCAGCCUGCUGACCUCCAAAUGGAGCCUAACAGAAGUGGAUGAAUAUGUGGAACUCCUGCAAAUUAUGAAGAAAGCUCUGAUCCUCGUGGACUUUGGGGUAGCUCCUGCAAAAGCAUUGGUGCAUCAGAUCUUUCAUAAUUCUACUGAAGCAAUUACAUCCUCAGAUCUGAGUGAUUUGUAUAGUUCAUUAAAACUCUUUUUCACCUCAACUUCUGCCACAGACAGCACACUGGAGUUGGAAAGAAUCUUUCAAGAAAUACUUCCUCUGUAUGAAGGGGGUGGUGAAGGAUUGUUCUACACUAAUCCCUAUGGAAAAGAAAAUCAAGAUGUUCUGACUAUGGCUGCAUUGAUUUGGAAUGAGAUAAUUUUAAACAGGACUCAUUUUAAUACAGAGAAUGCAUGGGAGGUUGUCAAAAUGAUUGCACUCGAUGCAAUCUCGCUUGAAGACAUUGAAAAUUAUCUCAGCACAAAUGAAAAAGUGUCAUCAUUAUUUUCUGAAUUCUUGUUGACCCCCGGAACUUCUGAAAAUUUUGCAGAACACCUUCUGUCCCUUGAGCAGCUUCUUGGUGCCAUGGCAAAGGUGAAUACCAGUGAUCAUUAUCUGCUGAUCUCUUCUUUGUCUGAGCUGAUGCAGAAACUCCCUCCUGGAAGGCAGGAAAAUGAACUUGGUGCUUUCUGGCACAUUGCUGAAGGUCUCCAGUCGUUGAACUGGAAUAGUACAGACAGUCUCACUGCUCAGUCACUUCUAGAAAUGCUGCAAAAUCUGCUAAAUAUGAUGAAAAACGACUCCAGUCUUCCUUUCAGUAAGGAACUGAAGCAGCUGCUAAACUUUGCAUUCUCCAUCUUUGAGCUGUAUGAUGAAGAAGACUCCAGGGGAACCAAUAUCUCCAUGUACUUGCAGGCCAUGCAGAGGGGUAUCUCAGCUUUGAAAGGUUUGCAGGAAAGGUAUAACAUCAGUGAACUUGAACCUAUCAGCCUGGUACUUGAUUCUUACAGUAACUAUACCCAGAGACUGAUGGAAAUUUGGAGAGCAGGAAUGAAAGUUCUUCAUGACACCAACUUAAACAAAACAUUGGAGGAAAAAAUGGACAUUGUCUAUAAUUUCUCACAAUUGCUGCUGCAGGAGUUCAUCCAGUCUCCCUCACAGCACAAUACCUCACUACAGGCAAAAAUUUGUGAGUUCCUUCAUGUAGCCUUGGGUCCUUUCCUUGAGAACAGCAGCAAUGGCUACAGGACACUCCAGAAUUGCUCCUUUGAAGAUCUGCUCAAUGUAGCCCUUGAGGUGCUGUUUGAAAAUGCCACUCUAAGGGAGGCCUCAGCCAGGAGCCCCUGCAAGCCCCUCUUGGAUUUCUUGGGCAUGGAAGGUGGGACAGGGAGCAAUGCCACCUUCACCAGGGUGUUCCAGCUGGCCAUGAGCAACCUGAAAGUGUCCUCAGAGUUUGCUGCUGCCUACAACAACAGCAGGCAGCGAUUUUUCAAGGAGCUGUCUUGCCUCACCCGAGCUCUGAAUUUCUCUCUGAGUUUCCUUUCCAAGUUAAACCUUGUCUCUGAGCUGGGCAACUCGUGGCUCCAGGAGAAGGUGAGAGCUCUGAGUGCAGCCACGGAGGGGCUGGUGCAGGGUGAUGCCUCGUGCCCCGUGCCAGCCCAGGAUGUGGGUGAUGUGUCCCCAUCCCAGCUUUUGAACCUGCUCCUUCCUGCCCUGCUGAAUGAAACAGUGCUGAGCUCCCUGAAUUCCUCUGACAGCUCAGCAGGCUGGGAUAACCUGGCCAUGCUCUCCAGGGUGGCACAGGAUGAGCUCCAGAACCUGCUGCAGAGGCUCCAGGGCACCUUCAACCUCACUGAAGGCAAUUAUUACACAAGUGUCUGGCAUGUGUUUGGCAGCUUCCUCAGCACCAAAAAGGAUCCAACAGAAGGAGCUUCCCUUGCAAGGCUGUUGGAAGCAGUGGCAAGCGACUCUGCCAGUGAUCUGUCAGCUCUGGAAAUCACAGAAGCCACCCUCUACAUUCUCAAGGAGCUGAACAUCUCUGGCCUGCUAAAUGAAUUUAAUAUAAGUUCCAGCUCAGCUUUUCUCUCCAACAAAACCAGCUUUGACAGUGUGAUUGAUAUAGUUGCUCACCACUUUACUGUCGUGGCAGAAACCUUUUACAACAAGACCCUGCCUUGGACCCUGAGUGACCACACUCUGUCCCCAGCCAGCUUGAUCACACGAUUUCUGUUUUUAGAAUUUGAAAACACCAUCUUGCAGGUGACAGCAAAUAACAGUUAUAACCCUUACCUGAUGUGUUUAAUAAAUGCCGUGGAAGCUGAAGAUGGGGAAUUGACAGAAAACAUCACACUGCUUUUGAAGCAAACUCAUCUGAAAAAGGACUCUUUUAUGCAAAAUAAUACCUCUGAGAAACAUUCAUCCAUACCAGAGCUCCUGAAGCUAAAAAUCUCUCAUCUCCAGGAUCUGACAGCACUUCUGUGUGACUAUGAGAGCUUUAAGUCAAUCCAGCAGCUCUGCCACCUCCCUGAGGUUCCCUUUGGGGAGCUGUGUGAGCAAGGCCAGUCUCAGGAGCAGCUCCUCCGUGCUGCUGAGCUGAGCAGCCAACUUGUGACCAACAUACUGAGCCACAGGAGGAUCUCCCAGGAGCUCCAAAAUGUACUCAUUGGGGAUGCCACAGACAUCCAGGCACAGCUGAAGUGGCUUCAAGAAAAUGUACCAGAAAUUGCUUUCUUUCAAGAGAUUCCUCAGUAUAUGGCUACUUUGAAUUCCAUGUUGAACAUCACUGAGGGUCUGACAGACUCAAACAAGCAAGAAAAGUUAAGAGAUGUGUUUAAAAAUGUGGACCAGCUCAAAGAGGACCUCAGAAACACAACAGGAAUGUCCACAGCCAGCAUUGAUGCUCUUCUGGAAGCAUCUUUCCCAGAAAACAGCAGUCAGCUCAUCUCCCAGGUGCUGCAGCUGGAGUCCUGCAGUGCCCAUCCCACUGAGCCACAGCUGCAAGUGGUGGUGCAGGAGUUGUGCAGCUUCCCUCUGCCAGAGAGAACUCGCAGGACCUACCUCCUAGGGGUCACCCUCUUGAGACACUUGGACAUUUACAAUUUCUUAUACAAGAUGUUUUUCCCCAAGGAGCUUCAGAAACCCAUGGACAAGAUGUUAGGCCUUCUGACAAAAAUGAAAUAUUUCAGACACCAGGUUGAAUCUGGCAUUGAUCCAUUGCUACAAGCUAUUCAUUCCCUGAAAAAGCUCCGACAGUCCAGGAAAAUGCCACUGACUAAGGCAUUAUUUAAACCAAACAACACCAGGAUAACACAUGGCACUUUUAAAUCCAUGUCAAAAGUCCUCUGCAACCAGGAGAUCACACCCCUGUUUUUUGAGUCUUUGCUUCCAGACUUUGGAGACCCUGUAAGCAACAGUUCUCAUACAGAGGAUGUCUAUGUCCAAAAGCUGAUGAGGAAAUAUGGGAUUCCUCAGGAUUCCACCCCCUUUUGCUUAUCCUUUUACCUGGACCUGGUCAAGACCCCGACUGGAGCUUUGAUUUGGUCUUUCUUAAAACCAAUGGUGCUUGGGAAGAUCCUUUUCACACCAGAUACCCCAGAAACUCGAGCAAUCAUGGGAAAGUCAAAUGCAACCCUGGAGCAUAUGGCUGAGCUAGCCCUGAAGUCCCAGGAGUGGCUGGACCAGUCUCCUGUCAUCAUGAAUUCACUGACUAAGUUAAACCAGACAGUUCCAAUGAUCAAGAACGCCCUGCAGAAUCCCUUUGUGCAGGUUUUCAUCAAGCUGAUGGUGGAUUUGGAUGCAGCUGAGCUCCUGAGUCAGAUAAAUGAACUGGAUGAUAUCCGGCUGGAACUGCAGAACAACGCUGACAUUGUGGAUCAGCUGAACACUUUGGCUGCCCUGGCUGUGAACGUGUCCUCCUGCGUCUCCUUCAACCGCAUCCAGCCAGUGCAGGACUUGGAUGAGAUGGAAGCCGUGGCUAAGGAGCUCUUCCUGAAGAAUGAGCUCUUUGCAAGUAUCAUUUUCAGGAUGCCUUCAAGCUCUGGACAUUCAGUCCAUGGGGGCCUGUCCCUCCCUCCUGUGCUCAAUUACACCAUCAGGAUGAGCAGCAGGAUAACCCAAACCACCAACAGGAUCCGGGAGCGCAUCUGGACCGUGGGCCCACACAACUCCACCUCCCAGAGCCAGAUUUACAGCAGGGCCUUCAUCUACAUCCAGGACAGCAUUGAAAGGGCCAUUAUUGAACUACAGACUGGCAAGAAACCAGAGGAAAUUGCUGUUCAGGUCCAGGCCAUGCCUUACCCCUGCUACAACAAGGAUAUGUUCUUAACCAGCGUGACCUACUCUCUGCCAUUUGCUCUGAUGGCUGCCUGGGUGCUGUUUAUAGCUGAUUUUGUUAAAACACUUGUUCAGGAGAAAGAUCUGAGGCUUUAUGAGUACAUGAAGAUGAUGGGAGUCAAUGCCAGCAGCCAUUUCAUCGCUUGGUUCAUCGAGUGUGCCAUCUUCCUGCUGAUCACUGUCACCUUCCUCAUUGUUGUUCUGAAAGUGGGGGAGAUCCUUCCCAAAACAGACACAGCCCUCCUGUUCCUGUACCUGAUGGACUACAGCCUGUCCAUCAUAGCCAUGAGCUACUUCAUCAGUGUUUUCUUCAACAACACCAACAUCGCGGCCCUGGUGGGCAGCCUCGUGUACAUCCUCACCUUCUUCCCCUUCAUCGUGCUGCUCGUCAUCGAGAACCACUUGAGCUUCUCUGUCAAGAGCCUCCUGAGUCUGUUGUCUCCAACUGCCUUCAGUUAUGCAAGUCAGUACAUUGCUCGCUAUGAGGCACAGGGCAUAGGACUGCAGUGGGACAACAUGUACAAGUCCCCAAUGAUUGGAGACAACACUUCCUUUGGCUGGAUGUGCUGGCUCAUUCUGAUAGACUCCUUCAUUUACUUCAUCCUGGGCUGGUACAUAAGGAAUGUUUUCCCAGGUAGAUAUGGCAUGGCUGCUCCCUGGUACUUCCCACUGCUUCCAUCUUACUGGAUCGAAUACAACAACUACCUGCCCUUCUGGAAUGAGAAACAAAGAGGCCUGCUCUUCUCCAAGCUGAUGUUGAGGAAGGAAGUCACCCUCCCCAAUAAGAUAUGUGCCUCCCACCCUCACGUGGAACCAGAGCCCACUGACCUCCCCUUGGGAGUCUCCCUCCAUGGCAUAACAAAGGUUUAUGGAUCCAAAGCUGCAGUGGACAACCUCAGCCUCAACUUUUAUGAAGGGAAUAUCACUUCCCUGCUGGGACACAAUGGAGCUGGGAAAACUACCACCAUAUCUAUUUUGACCGGGUUGUUCCCUACAUCAUCAGGCACGAUCAUUGUGUAUGGCAAAGACAUCAGGACUGACCAGGAGGUGAUCAGGAAGAACAUGGGGGUGUGCAUGCAGCACGACGUGCUCUUCAACUACCUCACCACCAAGGAGCACCUGCUGCUCUAUGGCUACAUCAAAGUGCCUCACUGCAGCAAACACGAGCUCUACCAAGAAGUGAAGAGGACUUUGAAGGAGACUGGGCUGUACAGCCAUCGUCACAAGCUGGCUGGCACCCUGUCUGGAGGGAUGAAGAGGAAGUUAUCCAUAGCUAUUGCUCUCCUGGGGGGAUCCAGGGUGGUGAUUCUGGAUGAACCAACCACGGGGGUGGAUCCCUGCUCCCGGAGGAGUAUUUGGGAAAUCAUCUCCAAGAAUAAGAAAGGCAGAACCAUCAUUCUCUCCACACAUCACCUGGACGAAGCAGAAGUUCUGAGUGACCGCAUCGCCUUCCUAGAGCAUGGAGGGCUCAAAUGUUGUGGCUCACCUUUCUACCUCAAGGAAACCUUUGGGGAUGGCUACCACCUGAGCCUCACCAAAAAGAAGAACAUGAUAGAGGAGUGUGACACCACAGCAGUGACCUCCUUGAUCCAGUCCUAUCUCCCAGAGGCUUAUCUCAAGGAGGAUAUUGGUGGAGAGCUCGUGUACGUGCUUCCCCCCUUCAAGUCCACGGUGUCAGGGGCCUACCAGGCCCUUCUCAGAGCCCUGGACACCAGCUUGAAUGAUCUCCACCUGGGUUGCUACGGGAUUUCCAACACAACUGUGGAAGAGGUGUUCCUCAAUCUGACUAAAGAGCUAGUGAAGGAUCAGCAAGAAGAUGCUGCUCUGCCCCAUCAACUGCCUGGAGUCAGUGGUCACAUUGGUGCUGAUGAAAUGUCUCUGAGCACAGACACCUUCACAGAAAGAGAUGACCAGCUCCUGAUCAGGUCCAAGAGCCUGCGGGGUUUGCCUCUGCUGCUGAAGAGAACCUCAGCGCUCUUCAUCAAGAGGUUCCACCACACCCGGCGCGACGUGCGCGGCUUCAUCGCCCAGGUCAUCCUCCCUGUGCUCUUUGUCAUGGCUGCCAUGGGCCUGGGGACACUGAGGACCAAGGAGACUGAGUACCCCGAGCUGCUGCUGUCCCCCUCCCUGUAUGGCACGGGUGACCAGGCAGACUUCUUUGGGAAUUUUAAUGAAACCACAGCUGCUUUAGUUUCUUCGAUGCUGGCUUUCCCUGGGACGGAUAACACGUGCAUGAACGAAAGCAAUUCGCAAUGUUUAACAGAGGACAUGCUUGGCCAGUGGAUUACCAGUGGAAACCAGGGAACUGAGUAUUCUGCCUGCAACUGCACAGAUGGCAUCCAGACAUGUCCACAGACAAACUACACUCCCCCUCACAGAAGGACCUUCUCCACACGGACACUUUACAACGUGACAGGGCACAAUGUGGAGACUUACAUCCUGGCAACCACCAAGGACUUCCUGCAGAAAAGGUAUGGUGGCUGGAGCUUCGGGCUGCCUUUGACAGCAGAUCUGCAGUUUGACAUCAGGCCAGUGCCCCCCAACAGAACACUGACUAAGGUGUGGUACAAUCCUGAGGGUUAUCACAGCCUCCCAGCCUAUCUGAACAGCUUGAACAACUUCAUUCUUCGAGCCAACUUGCCAAAAAAUGAGACUUCCAGAUAUGGUAUUUUCUUAUCAGCUCACCCAUAUCCUGGAGGACAGAGUCAAGAACAAGUAAUGCUCAACAGCUUAUUGGACAUCAUAGUGUCCAUGUCUGUUUUGGUGGGCUACUCCAUCACCACAGCAAGCUUUGUGCUCUACAUGGUCAAGGAGCACCAAACCAAAGCCAAGCAGCUGCAGCACAUUUCAGGCAUUGGGAUGACAACCUACUGGGUGACCAACUUCGUUUAUGAUCUGGUACUUUUUAUGGUCCCUAUUGGACUCUCAGUAGGAGUUAUUUCAGCUUUCCAGAUCCCAGCUUUCUGCAACAACAGUAACUUAGUGGCAGUAUUUCUUCUGCUGUUACUGUUUGGAUAUGCAUCGUUUUCCUGGAUGUACCUGCUGGCUGGGUUCUUCAAGGAAACAGGGAUGGCCUUCAUUGUUUAUGUGUGUGUCAACUUGUUCUUUGGCAUCAACACCAUCAUCACUCACUCAGUUGUGUUCCUGCUCUCCCAGGAAAAGGCCACGGAUCAGGGCCUGCAUGAUCUUGCUGAAAAUUUAAGGCAUGUGUUCCUUCUGUUCCCACAAUUCUGCUUUGGCUAUGGGUUGAUUGAACUGUCUCAGGAUCAGGCACUGCUGGGCUUUUUAAAAGCCUAUGGAGUGGACUACCCUGACAAAACCUUUGAGCUGGACAAGACCACAUCCAAGCUGCUGGCCAUGUUCAUCCAGGGCACCUUGUUCUUUGUCAUUCGUCUCACAGUCCAUGACAGGAUGGUUCAGAGGGUCUGGAACAACAUCCUGGAGUUCCUGUUUGACAGAGUCCAUGGCAAAGCCUCCCUUCUGCCACCCACGGCUGUAGAGGAUGGAGAUGUCCAGGCAGAGAGGAUCCGGGUGGAGUCUGGCAAAGCUGACUUUGACGUGGUGCAGCUCCAGAACCUGACCAAGAUCUACCACCUGCCUCACAAACGCAUCACAGCAGUGAAAAACAUCAGCCUUGGGAUCCCUGCUGGGGAGUGCUUUGGCUUGCUUGGUGUGAAUGGAGCUGGAAAGACAACAAUCUUCAAGAUGCUGACAGGGGAUAUCGGAGCAUCCAGCGGAAGGCUGCGGGUCCAGGAUCAUUCUGGGUCCUUGAAUGACAUCAGUGAGGCCCACUGGUCACUGUUUGGCUACUGUCCUCAAGAGGAUGCCUUGGAUGACCUGCUGACUGUGGAAGAGCACAUGUAUUACUAUGCUCGGCUGCAUGGCAUCCCAGAGGGGGACAUCAAGGGAGUUGUACUCCAGCUCCUCCACCGGCUGAACCUGAUGGCCUACAAGGACAGAGUCACCUCUAUGUGCAGCUAUGGCACCAACAGGAAAUUGUCAACUGCUCUGGCUCUCAUUGGCAAUCCAGCCAUUCUGCUGCUGGAUGAGCCGAGCUCUGGAAUGGACCCAAAUGCCAAACGUCACCUUUGGAAAAUCAUCAGUGAGGAAGUGCAGAACAAAUGCUCAGUGAUACUCACAUCCCACAGCAUGGAGGAGUGUGAAGCCCUCUGUACCAGGCUGGCCAUCAUGGUGAACGGGAGUUUCCAGUGCAUUGGCUCUUUGCAGCACAUCAAGAGCAGAUUUGGAAGAGGAUUCACUGUGAAGAUGCACUUAAACAGCAGCACAGUUUGCACUGAGAAGCUGACAGAGUUCAUGAAGUCACACUUCCCAAAUACAUGCCUGAAGGAUCAGCAUUUCAAGAUGGUGGAGUACCACGUCCCGGUCUCUGCAGGAGGGGUAGCCAAUAUAUUUGAUCUCCUGGAAAGCAGCAAGGCAGCCUUCAACAUCAGGCACUUCUCUGUGAGUCAGACAACGUUGGAGGAGGUUUUCAUCAACUUUGCUAGAGAUCAAGCAGAUCCUGACGGCGUGGACGCAGGUCCUGAUGUGACGCUGGACAGCUCUGACACAAGUAGCCAAGCUAGCACCAUAAGCUCCAUCUAUUGAAGGGAUCCACCCACACAGGAUCAUAGAAGCUGGGGAAAAGGCCUGACAGCCCCUCCAACCCUGUUUUCAGUGAUUUUAGGGUGAUGGAGAGAAGCAGUCCCAUUUUCUUAAAGUACUUUGUUUUUUUAUAUGCAGUUAAUGUCACUAGGUAGGUGUUUGAGACUGGCACUAUGGUUACAAAUCAGAUUGGUAUUUCCACAGGUUCUUUCCCCCCCCAUUCUUGUUUUAUGAUCACUGUAAUGGCUGUGAGGAUUUAGGCAUCACAUGCUGCUCGUGGCCGUUUGCUUACAGCAGACGUGGCCCUGAGCAGAGGAGCUGUGGGCAGUGCAGGGUGUGUGACCACAAAACAGCCCCAUGGGCACAGAGGAAAGCCCACACUCCACUCCCUGCUCAGCAGCAGACUUUUUGGGUGACUGAGUGAAAGUGGCUAGGUUUUGACAGGCUCCCCCCUGGGGAAAUGGGGUUCAUGGCCUUGCACCUCCUCCCAGGGGGGUUGUGAGGUUGCAGGUGUAAUGUACUGACAGUCUUUGGUAAU